AUGAAUCAAAUAAGAUCGCUUCAAAGGUUAAGUAGAAAAGAACUUGAAAGUGGUAUACUUUCAUCUACAGCUUCUUGGCACGAUGAAUACAAGGAUUGGGCUUAUAUAUACAUUGGAGGAUUGAACAAAGAACUUACGGAAGGUGACAUUUUGACGGUUUUUUCACAGUAUGGUGUACCAGUGGAUUUGAAGUUAGUUAGAGAUAGAGACUCUGGAGAGUCCAAAGGAUUUGGGUUUCUCAAAUACGAAGAUCAACGAUCCACGAUACUCGCGGUAGACAACUUGAAUGGCACAGUCAUUGCAGGUCGUACCAUAAAAGUUGAUCAUACGUUCUAUAGGCCUAGGAAAGAUGAGGAAGAGUAUGCUGAUGCUAUGUUUAAGGAAUUAGAGAGGGAUAUCGUCGGCGAACAGGUUAUUGGAGCAACUGGUGAAGAAGAUGUUGAAGAAUUUGCAGAUCCAAUGGCUGGUUAUUUGCGAGGGAAAUAA